GAGCUGAGCAACAUUAAACCUCUUAAUAAAUUUCCUCCGAAGACACACACGAACUUCAAUCGCGACACUUGUAUGUAACAUUGGAACCCAUUCAUCCAUUUACCAGGCAACGUCGUCCAGAAGGAUACUCAUCAAUUAUCAACAAACCUGCCACUUUCUUUCGCUAAGGUGCCUGUUCUUACGCCGUCAUUCUCCAUUCAUCGCAUAUCCGCCUUUUUCUAUCUCACCCUGCCGUGCCUGAUGAUUCGCACCUAAAGGCGAAAGUACAUCCCGAUCAGUUCCCGCCCACCCCCCUCCCCUCCACGAUCGUCGGCGGCCGACCGAGAAAAUUCCAGAUUUUUCACCCGAUAUGACCGCACAUACCUCGAUCAACGGAAACAUGGGAACGGGCGGCGUAGGUAUUGAUUCCGAGGACAUGGCGGUCCUGCCCAAGAUCCAUAAGGCCCUGGAGGUUGUCCAUAGUCCUUAUUCCUCCAACGACGACCGUAAAGAUGCACAACUAUUCCUCGAAGAAGUAAAGAAUGACCGUAAGGCUUCCUUCUACGGCUUCCAUCUUGCCGUCGACAAGACUCAAUCUCCCGUCGUACGUCAUUACGCCUUAUCGUUACUUGAGCAUGCGGUUAAGCAUAAAUGGGUUUAUGGUGAUGAAGAAGAGGCUGCCGCCUUGCGCAAUUGUGUUCUCCAGCUUGCUCAAGGCGUAUCAAGGGAUGACCCUAUUUAUUUGAGAAACAAGAUCGCCUUACUAUGGGUCGAGGUUGCGAAAAGGAGUUGGGGAGACGAGUGGAUGGAUAUGGACACCAUGCUUGUCCAAUUAUGGCAGGGUCCAGAUUCUGCCGUACAGAAGGAACUUGUCCUCCGUAUCCUAGAGAUUCUCUCGGACUAUAUACAAAAUGGUGACGGUGACGAUACUAUGUUGGCUGCUCGUGAAGCUGUCCUCAGUAAGGCGGCUGUCGAGGUCUAUAACCCUGCCGCCGUCCUAGCGGAAAUCUUCCUCAACCGCCAGCCAUGUCCCGGCGUUAGAUGUGGCGAAGAAGGUUGGAUCGCCAGAGUCACGGAUUUUCUAAACCAUUGCUUAUCGGGUGACGUGCCGCACAACACCGAACUACGAAACUGUGCCGUUCGGGCUCUCGCCGUACUCUAUCAAGUGCUACCCACUGCCUUCCUGAAGACCGUCGCUGCUACCGGCUGUGUACAAGUGCUGUGUGAAGGACUCCGUACUUCUCACAUCGAAGUCCAAAAGGCAUCCUUAGAAGCUAUGCACUCAUUAUACGCCCGUACAACCUUUUCCGACCAGGAGUUCUUAGAUCUCGUUGUUCCGCUAUACGGUAGCAAAUAUGUUGACUUAUUCAGACGACUUUUUGAGUGGUCGGUAGUUGAUCCGGAGGACAUUGAUGACGACAAGUACCAAUUCUCCAAGAAGCUGUCCGAGGUAAUUUCGUUCCUCGGAACUUACAUGGACCGUCGAUUCAAUGUUCUACCGAACGAUUCGGAUCAGAUUGACUUCAAAGGAUUCUUACAACUUCUCCUACUGAUCACGCAGAGCCAAAGUCUGGUUGUUUCGAUUCCCGUCCUUGUAACAUGGACUCGACUCCUGAACAACCGGUCCCUCGGUCCAAAUAUUGCAGAUGUGCCAACAUUCAUUGGUCCACUUCUAGAAUGCUGCAGCUCAAGACUUGUUCGAUAUGAAAACCUACCUGAAGAUACUCAGGAUCCCACUUUCCAAUUAUUAUUGGAGGAUACGGACACGAUUCCGGAGCGUCAUGCUUUUCUAGGCAAUUAUCGACGAUAUGGUUCCCAGGUGGUUGAGAGCAUAGUCCAAUUGAAGAUAACGGAGGCAAUGCAACACAUUCUUGGCCAGACGGAGAAUGUAUUGGGACACCUUUAUGAUAACGUCCCACCAUUUGAUAUGGCAACAUACUCGAAGACGUCUCAGCCCGUGCUCCGUGUCGACGCUCAAGCGACGGUCAUCGAGGCAGCUCUAAAAGGGGUUAGAAAGUGGCGUAAGGAAGAACCUCGUCAUGAGCAGGAGGUUGCCGCCUUAGAAGAAAGCUUGGAAUCCUGGUGUAAUCGACUGUUGGGCAUGAAGUUCGAGGAUCCGUUGAUUCGGAAAAGAAUCCUCCAGCUUCUUGUCGCCUUUUCCGUCAUGGCACUCGAUAGGAACCCAAGCUUUAUGCUGAAAGUUCUUGAGCACAUCUUGGUAACUUGGCCAGCCACACAUCCCGAUUACCGUGUGUAUUCGGAUGCCAUUAAAGAACUUCAAGCCGAAAGCAUGGUUGAGUUGCAGAGACUUGCAGCUAAGAUGCCUGAUCACCUCCUCGAUGUCUAUGAUCAGAUAGAGACAAAGGUGAAUGAGAUGAUUGCCUCGGGAACGCUUGAUGAGAAACGUCAGAUUAGCUAUCAGACCUUUCUAUUUACUAUCAUUCACCGUUCUACUCGACUCGACCAGGCUACAAAGGCGCAAAAAGUAAUGGGGUUCAUUGACCCCGUAGUCUCCCAAUGGCAAAAUGGCAAUCUGAAGCAGGCAUUGUCAUCAUACGCGGGCUUUUGUGAGCUCAUGGCGCUCGAUAAAGCACAGAGUUAUCUAUCACGAAAGCAAAUGCAGAAUAUUGCGGAUUGGGGCUCUGUGGAACUUGAUGCUGAGGGCCAGGCACUACAAGCAGAGCUUGAAGAACGACAAACUCUCCUUCCUCUACGGCCUACGAAGUCAUUCUUGACCUGUUCGGUUGAUAAAGUGGAUAAGGAAACCGAUGCGUACCACCUCUCAUGUGCCUUGUGGCAAGACGGAUUUCCCAUCAUUCUUCCUGAACUACUGAAGUUCUUAAAUUAUGCACAUGCUUCUCAUACCCCUGAUAGCUGGGUGGGAUUGGCGCCGGAAGCGAGGUCCAUUGUUGGGCGCGUUCUCACCGACCGGUUUUGGCAGGCAGGCAUAUCAGAAGGUAGUAAGGAUGAAUUUUAUGCCCGUGUGCUCGAUAAGAAACAUACUCUGGAAGGUCUCGCUUCGACGAUCCGGGGAAGCAUUCGAUUCGUCCGCGAAUCUUGUUAUGCAAUUAUUUACUGCAUGGCACGCUUAGACCUACAAUUCUACGGGUUUGGCGAGCUACCAGGACCCUUAGCUCACGCUCUCCUGGCCGAGUCCUCCAGUCUCUCAGCCCACCAGUUGAUCAAUGUCCUCAACUUGGUUCGAUAUCUGGUGGACAACUGCCCUGUUCCAUUACGAGAUCACUUUCUCCCUCCCAUCUUGGCUGCUUGCUGUCUCCAGAUGGACACUCGGAUUAAUGCCGAAUGGGAGAAGCUUGAUCAACAGCAGGCGGUAAAGACGGAAGGAGAUGCUCUAACCGAGGAGAUGAAGGCGGAGAGUAUAUUGAGACAGUUAACAUAUGCGUCUGUGAUGAUGGUUGCCGACUUCCUAGAUCCGGCUAGAAAGAACCCUCCGCCCUCCGUUAUAGGAGAGAACGACUAUCCUACUUUACGAGUGUUCUGUUUGAUGCAUUCAUCUAUCGUGGAGCCUCUCUUGAUGUUCUGCACUCAUGCCAUACGAUGGCGGGACUCGCGCUGCUGUGGAAUAAUGCUGAGAGUGUUUCGCUCCAUCAUUCCGGAUUUUAUGAUCGAACCCCAUACAGAUUCGGCUCGUAUUCCCCCGGACACAGCAGCGGCUGUUCGCGAGUACAUAUCAUCUUCCGUCGUGAAGGCGUGCAUAACGUCUAUUCACGAACCCUACUUCGUUGAGCUGCAGAAAGAUUUUGCUUCUCUCAUUGCCACGAUCGUGGUCACUUACGGCCACCUCACAUCAGCAGCCCGGGAUGUGCUGAUCUCGCUUCCCAAUAUGAAACAGGAUGAUGUUGACAGUGGAAUAGAAUACAUGAUGAAGCUGACGACGAGCAGUCGUAGCCAGCGAGCAGUCAUUCUUCAAUUACUAGGCGACCUGAAGGGAGUUAGUGUUUCCGAGAUGGGAAAGCUAAGCAAGAGCAUCGGAAUGCCCACAACCAGCAACCUCCCUGCGAAGAAACCGAUACGCAGCAAGAUGGCACAGGAGUUUAUGACAGCACCAGAACCAAGUCACAAUGGUUCCGGACUGGGCAACAACAACAAUGGUUAUCAAGACGGGAACACCGACGUUUUAGAAGGUGUUGCUAGCCUCUUCGAAUCAUAGAGUUAGACGAAAUUCUCUACAUAGGUCCUCAUUGGAUCUGAGGAUAUGGUCCGACAUGGCCAACUGCUGAAUCCUCACGACCAAAGCGACCACGAUUGCGUUUCAGGCUAGGUUUUGAUACCAGCAAAUUUACAAGUGCAUACUUGUGUGGGACAGGCAAUAAGCCAUUUCAGUACUGGCUAAGAUUAGAGCCAGGAUAACACCUACGACAAGAUCUUACAGCGAGUUCCGCGUAUACACGACGUAGAUUGGUUGAUGUUGUGCGAUGCUUUAGUUAGAGAUGAGCAUUCACAUGCUCCUAACAGCGUAAUGCAUAAAAAAAUUCAUAUGCCUUGAUAGGUACACUUUAAAGUGCUUAACAACUUUCGUGACGUUGAAAUGUUUAUGUCC